AUGAACAAGUCCAGCGGCGGCGAUUCGAAGAAUACGCUGUACUGCUCUUUCUGCGGAAAGAGCCAGCACGAAGUGCGCAAGCUCAUCGCGGGGCCCACGGUGUUCAUCUGCGACGAGUGCGUCGAGCUCUGCAUGGACAUCAUCCGCGAGGAGCACAAGAGCGCGCGGGUGAAGAGCCGCGAUGGCGUACCCACACCUGCCGAGAUUUGCGAGGUGCUGUCCGACUACGUGAUCGGUCAGGACCACGCCAAGCGGGUGCUCUCCGUCGCCGUGCACAACCACUACAAGCGCCUCGCCCACGGCAGCAAGGGCAACGAGGUCGAGCUCGCCAAGUCCAACAUCCUGCUCGUCGGGCCGACCGGCUGCGGCAAGACUCUGCUCGCUCAAACAUUGGCCCGCAUCCUCGACGUGCCCUUCACGAUGGCCGACGCAACCACGCUGACCGAAGCCGGCUACGUCGGCGAGGAUGUCGAGAACAUCAUCCUGAAACUGCUCCAGUCGGCCGACUAUAAUGUCGAGCGGGCCCAGCGCGGCAUCGUCUAUCUGGACGAGGUGGACAAGAUCGCCCGCAAGUCGGACAACCCGUCGAUCACGCGGGAUGUCUCCGGCGAGGGCGUGCAGCAGGCGCUGCUCAAGAUCAUGGAGGCACCGUGGCCUCGGUCCCGCCCCAGGGCGGGCGCAAGCAUCCGCAGCAGGAGUUCCUGCAGGUCGACACGACCAACAUCCUGUUCAUCUGCGGCGGCGCCUUCUCGGGCCUGGAGAAGAUCAUCGCCCAGCGCGGGCGCGGCAUGGCGAUCGGCUUCGGCGCCGAUGUGCGCGCGCCGGACGAGCGGAAGACCGGCGAGAUCUCUGCGCGAGGUCGAGCCGGAAGACCUGCUCGGCUUCGGGCUCAUCCCCGAGUUCGUCGGCCGUCUGCCGGUGAUCGCGACUCUCGACGAUCUCGAUGCGGACGCGCUGGUGGAGAUUCUGGUCAAGCCGAAGAACGCGCUCGUGAAGCAGUACGAGAGGCUGUUCGACAUGGAGAGCGUGACGCUGGCCUUCACCGAGGACGCGCUCCGCUCGGUCGCGCACAAGGCCAUCUUGCGGAAGACCGGCGCACGCGGCCUGCGUUCCAUUCUCGAGGCCAUCCUGCUCGAUCCGAUGUUCGAUUUGCCGAGCUACGAUUCGGUCGAGGAGGUCGUCAUCAACCGUGAAGUGGUCGAAGGCAGGGCACAGCCUCUCCUGAUUUAUUCCGACCGGCUCGAGGACGCGAGUUCGUCGGCAUCCUGA